GUACGGUACAUGAUAUUUAAGAUAUUUUGCUGAUAUUGUGCUGCACGCUACACACUGAAGACAAACUAAGGAAAUAUUGCAGGUCUGGACAAUCAUCAAACGUUAUUUCUAAGUGCAGGUCUGGACGACUGGACAAUCAUCAAACGUUUAUAUUCUAAAGGUUUCGAAAAUUAUGAAUGUUCCAAACGCUGAAGAGGUAGCAACACGAAAUUUCAGAGAAUUCCUGAUGUUGUACAACAAGCUAACAGAAAGCUGCUUCAAUUCUUGUGUUACAAACAUGAACCAGAGAUCAUUAACAACAGAAGAGUCAACUUGUAUAGAGAUAUGCUCAAGUAAAUGGGUUAACCUGAAUCACAGACAGAUGGCUGUUUUUAUGGAGGUUGGACCUCUGGCAGAGAAAAGGCUAGGAAUGGGACAACCAACGUGACAUACAUGACAGAACCAAGAUUUACUGAUAGUGUGAAAGUAUUAAUACCAUUCACAUUAAGCAUCCAGAAACCCAAGCCUGGAAACAUUCUUUGAUCUGCAGCAAAUAAUGGAUUAACUUUGAAAUAAUAAUUGCUAUCAUAGGGAUGUGUGCAGGGGUUUCAUGUUGAGGAUGUUCCAGCUUUUUUCUUUCUUGCAGCCUCAAUACUUAUAUGGAGAAGGCAAUUGACUGCAAAGUGCAUGAGGCAAAACAACCUAUUGGUAUAUCAGAAAACCCUCUUAGGUUUGCUUUGUUUUGUCAGGGAAGGGUUCCAGAAUCAGUGGAUUGAGAACCUAAAUUUCCCAAUUUCCUUUUUUAGCACCCUCUAAACAAAAAAACACUUAACCCUAAGAAAAACUGUUUCUUUUUGAAAGGUUUCUAUGUUUAUUUGGUCAAUUUAAAAAAAAUAUUGGGUUUGAAUUCCAAGUUUAUAAAAUCUUUAUACAAGAAAAAUCUUUUUCAGUUUGUACUCGAUGUAAUAGUCUUUCAAAAAGUCAUCUGAUACUGUAAUUUUUGGAAAUUAUUAAAAAUCAAACAAAUCUAAACAGUUAUUGUUUUGUUAUACCCAAAGUAUGAUUUAAUUUGUUGCUUGUUUGAGGUGAAAAAAUUCUAUAAAAAAAUUAAGUAAAUGGGUAUUCUAGGUAAAGAGUUCCUUUUAAAAAUCUCCCAUGUUGUACCAUACUCAGGAAAUUAUUUUUGGUUGUAAAUAGCAUAUACGGGAGUGAAUUAUUCCUUAAAUACUCUGUGAAUAUAGAUAUUGUAAGAUUUGAAAAAGGUUUACUCGUGGAUAUUUAAAGUAAACUUUCCAUUUAUGAAAAAUCAAAAAAAAUAACAGCAUUGAAUGCCAGAGGACAAUGGUCGUUUUUAAAAUGGCUAACGUGGUAAUACCUCCUUGGAAAUGGUAAUUUUGUGACCAUUGAAGAUUAGCAUUACUGCUCUGGAAUCAGGAUUUAAGAAAUGAUAUCUUUAUAACAUUUUCUUAUGGAGAAUUGCUACGAUGGUUCAAAAAUGACCACAACACAAAUAUUAAACAUGCUACCUUUUUUAUUUGUUUUUCAGAAUAUGUUUUUUGCUUGUAUUAUACAUUGACCCUAUGUAUAAAUCAAGUCCUUUGUUCAAAUGCCUUGUGUGAUGUCAACCUUUACAACUGUGUAGAUUCCUGUGCCAAUCGUCUUGCUAUGUUGGCUUUUCAAUUUAGAACACAGUCUAAUAAUUUAUUUUUGUUUGUGCUUAUCAAUAUUUAUAUUACAACCAAGGAAUGUCCCACCUAAAACUUUAAAAUAAUUCACUUAUCCAAUGAUAUACUUUUAUAAGACUUAUUCUCAGAAUUAAAUGUAUAAUAAUAAACGUCUAGGGGUGACAAAUAUUUCUCAAACCUGCGACUCCUUGAUAACUUAACUGGUUUUAAGAGGGAUCAUUCUCAAGCCCUACUGGUGCUUGACCAUCUAUGGUUUUCAUUUUCUCAAAAUCUAAGGCCCUAUCCAUGCUAAUGUUGUUUUGUGGCAUUUCUGUAUUGCUCUCAUUUUGAGGAAAAUUAAAGAGAAAUACAUAUAAUAUGCCCCAGAACUGCAUUUAAGUAGACCGAGCAUUAAGUAUUACAAAAUGGUAAUACAGUGUAAAAGAUUACAAUUAUAAAAGUGGCUUGUAACCCCUUGACUGGAUAAGUCUCAACAAACGUUUCGUACAAGUAUUUCACUAAACCAACA